GCGGGUAAUUGGGAACAGCUAGGUAAAUAAUACUUCCCCCCACUUUACACCGUCCCGCGCUUAUUCAACAGACGCAUCCAGCGCCCCUAAGUGUACACCAAAUAGUAAGAGUGAAAGGCCACAUGUACCCUGUCACGAUGUCUCGAAACUAUACACGAAAGCCUGAAUCGAAAUACAAAAUUGAAGACCUUCGCCAUGCAGUUGAAGAUGUUAGAAAUAAGAAGCUCACAUUAGGCCAAGCUGCUACCAAAUAUUCAAUACCAAAAUCAACACUAUUCAAACAAUUAAAACAAAACAAAGUCAAGACACUAAAAAAAGGUCGAUCUGCUGUAUUUAAUAGAGAACAAGAAGACCAGCUAGAAAAAUAUAUACUUGAUUGCUGCAAGACUUUUUAUGGAAUAACACCAAGUUCAUUACGUAGAAUUGCUUUUCGAUUUGCUGAAGCUAAUAAGCUGAAACACAAUUUUAACAAAGAAACCCAGCUGGCAGGGAAAGACUGGUACUAUGGCUUCAUAUCUCGACAUCCUUCCAUCAGUUUACGGAUACCAGAAGCUACUUCACUUAAUAGAAUAACGGCUUUAAACGUCACCGAAGUGAAUCUGUUUUUUGAUCAACUAAAAAUUAUCCAAACAAAACACAAUGUAAUGUAAAAUGUAAACUGUGCCUCUUGCCGAAAUCAUUAAUGUGCCUAUCAUUCCUAAAACAAAAACCACUUCUGUGCGACAGAAUAAGAGACAUUCUCAAAUUUUAUCCAGCUCACCGAUAAAAAUUGAACUUGCGGGAAAGCAGAAAAAAACAAAAUGAGAGAAAAGCCAAAAAAGAAAAAGUUCCGAAUAAAACACUAAAAAAGAACAUUAAAACCAUAAAAAAAAAUCCAAGGCAAUCCAAUCCAAAAAUCAAGGGUAAAGGAGGGAAAAAUUUAAAAAAGAAAAAUAAGUUCGAAGAAGAGUUUUAUUGUAUAAUGUGCAACGAAAAAUAUGAAUCUCCGCCGACAGAGGAUUGGAUUAUGUGCGUCAUCUGUAAACUCUGGGCACAUGAAAAAUCUACUGCUGGCGAGACUAGUCUAGGGUACGUGUGUGAUAUGUGCCAACCAAAAAAACUAUAGUUUAUUAUAAAGAUUUAAUUGUGUCGUUUCUAAUUACCCCAUACCGUUCCCAUUUACCCCUCGGGAUGAUCUCAAUUACCCCAUAGGGUAUCGGGUAAAAAGAAACGACAACGUUUUUUGUUUUCGUUAUAAUUUCUAAUGAAACAUUGAUUCUUGAGAGUUUUUCUGUAACUGAUAAGUAGAUAGAUAAGUAAAGUUUAUAUUCUAAUAAAAGUUGCUAUAUCUAAGACUUUUUUCUAUUAUUUUUGGACGUUGGAAGUUAAGUGUUCCCAAUUCCCCCAC